UUGCUUACAGGGGUACACUUGAUAUCACCCUACUAUUUUCUCAGCUGGCCUGUAGUGCUGAGUCGAACAGCUCCGUUUGAUACUUUCUUACCCACUUACCACGUUGAUUCGGAUGCAUGUCAGCCCGCCGGCCACGCAUCCUGCCUGAGGGGCUGCCGCCCAAAAUGUACAUGAAUUGAUUGAACCUAAUGUAUAGAUAGAGUUCUUACCCACUCGUUCGCGGCCAUGUGUCGGCUUGAAAAGAUUCCCGUCUUUAUAACCACUACUUGCUGCUGCUCCGACAGCAAUCUCUCCCGCUUUCAUCUCGCUCUGGCUUCGGGACUGGAGCGAUGUGGGAGGGGUUUUCCGGCGGGAAAGAAUUUAUCUAAUGGCGGUCCUUUCAUCGAUAACUUCGGCCGAGUUGGAUGCGUCCCUUGACGUGCCGGCCCUCGAUCCGCCGAAUGGUGUCGUAUCGAACUUUGACAAUCCGCCGAAUAAGAAUUACAUUGCCCAAAUCGUGGUGCCAAUAUGUUUGACUUUCACAACUUUAGCUGUACUUAUUCGGACGUGUCAUAAGUUGUUUUUCUUAAAGAGAAUUGGGUUUCCUGAUGUAUUAAUGGUAAUCUCUUUGGGAUGCUAUGCCGUAGUCGCAUACCUAAGUUAUCGCUUGGUAAAGGAUCCUGGCGCCUUCGUUCACCAAUGGGAUGUUUUCUUAGAGGAUAUGUCGGGUAUCCUCUUCCCCCUAUUCCUUAGCGGCAGCUUCUACAUCGGUGCUGUCCUGACCAUCAAGGCGGCCAUUCUUCUGGAUUGGAUCCGAAUGCUCAACCCGUACGGUGUGCGAAAUAACUUUUUCUGGUUCUGUUACGUCGUGCUGGGCGCGAAUGUCGUAUUCUAUAUCCUAACUCUCUUUCUCAUGAAUCUCGCCUGCGUUCCGGUAGAGAAAAAUUGGAACCCAUUAUUCGUCGGUGGCACCUGUCCGGUCAGCCCGACUGCGCUCAGCAUCGCCUCAGCUGUGUUGAGUCUCUGCUCCGAUAUUACGAUUCUACUUUUGCCACUGCAUGUAGUUUGGCGCUUAGACAUUUCAACAACAAGAAAAGUCGGCAUUUUAGUCGUCUUCGCCAUAAGCGUUUUCUGUUGUGCUUCAGCGGGGUUGCGUCUUCGUGCGAUACUCAAUUACUCUAGGUCGGAUGAUAUAGUAUACCGUACGGCUCCCGUCAUGCUCUGGUCUCUAGCUGAGAUGACAUGCAUGUUCCUUAUUUUCGGCGCUCCCAGCGUGGCGAGCAUUCUGUCGGAGACUGCCGUGUUCAAAAGGUUAACUUCAUCGCCGCAUCUGUUUGGAAAUCGAAUAACUCGACGUUCAGGCUCUAGAGCCGGCAUACCACAAUGGCCAGGCCCAAGUAUGAUGGAUAACCCACCAUCGAGUUCAUCGCAUGCAUAUUACCGAAGGAUAAACAACUUCAAUCGCGGCGUGGUGCUGACGACGAUUGGCUCUCAGAGCAAGAUGCACUCCGAUUCUAUAGAACACCUUAAAGACCAUGUAACAAUACAACCUCCUUUACCCAGAGGCAUAAUACGGACCACACAUUUCGAAACACACGAGGAGUAUGGCGAUUUAGAACGCGACCUGGUUCUAUGCGAUGGAUAUGACCGCCAACAUCCUUGGGCUAAGGACCGUGUCUAGAAGCACGGUUCUUGCAUAUAGCUUAAUAAAUGCAUCAAUUUCGAUCCUAUAUAGCCCCCAUGCUUGCGUUACUAACAUGAAGCCAUUCUAAGACAUCAAUGUCGCUGCGAGAAUGUGGUAUUACA